AUGGCGGUACUUGGCUUUAACUCAUGUUCUGAGGUCAUCGUCUACCUCACCUUCCUGUUCUUUGGGGUGUCGAUUAUGAUGGUUUCCAACGCCAUCACGGCAGCCCCGCCUUUCAUCAUGGAAUUCUACAAGUAUGCCAAGGGUGACAAGGACACUAAGGCCGACGAUCCGCUUUUCUGGGCCAAUGUGCUGACGUACUACUACGUAGCCGUGUUCGGGAUGCAGGUCGUGUGCGAGGUAUUCAUGCUGACGCCCCUGGGCCGGAGUAUUCCUCUACGUCCCCGUCUUAUCGUUGGUCUUAUCAUUCCGAUUGCAGAGAUGCUCACGCUGGUUCUUGUUCCGCUUGGGCACACAGGGGAGGCUGGCGCCAAGGCCACCAUUAUGGUCGUUGCUAUUGUUAGUGGCAUCUCGAAGACACUCUGCGACUCCAGCACAGGUGCCCUCGCGGGUCCGUUCCCGACAAAGUUUUACGGUUCGGUCGUUUUGGGGCUCGGUUUUUCAGGUAUCAUCUCAUCCGCAAUGGCGAUGACUAUCAAGGGAUCCAUGGCGGAUGACUUCGAAAGUGUGCAGACGCAGUCCCGCAUCUACAUUGGUGUCUCGAUAGGAAUUCAGGUCGUCUCCUGUCUCCUGCUGGUGGUGAUGCCGCGCAACCCUUUUGCCCGUAAGUACACGGCAGAGUUCAGGUACAUGCAUGACCGCCAAGAAGGACAUGCCCACACGGACGACAACGAGAUCUCCAUGAGCAACGUGAAAGAACAGGAGGUGUCGCCGGUUCCCAAUGAACAUACGAUUCCGUUUUCCGGCGCUGAGCACAACAUGGAUGUGAUGCACGUUGUGGGCGAUGCGGACAACGUUUGGGACAUUGACCAGGUGGACAACAUCACCUCGACACAACAAAUGCUGAACGCACAGAUAAUAGUCGUGUUUAAGUGCAUUUGGCCAAUGCUGCUCUCCUGCUUUGUGGUGUUCGGUACCACCCUUCUCCUCUUCCCAGGUGUGUUUUUCGCUGCGGGCAGUCCGAAAGGUUGGUACACGACGAUCAUUAUCGCCAUGUUCAACCUUGGUGACUUUUUAUCGCGUUGCAUUUUGUUGUUCAAACGUCUGCAUCCCUCGCCGCGCGUUGUGUUGGCUGGGUCGUUCCUGCGUCUUCUCGUCAUCCCGUUGCUGGUGCUGUGUGUGCGCAAGAUCAUCCCUGGUGAGGUCCUCCCCCACAUUCUGUGCCUGAUUUGGGGCCUGACGAACGGCUACUACGGUGGCAUGGCAAUGAUCCACUGCACCCGCACGCCGUCGCUGGUGAUGGCUGGUCAGCGCUCCAUUGCCAGCAUCAUGGCACUUUUGGCACUUCUGUUGGGUCUGUUUGUGGGAUCUUCCCUGGCCAUGGGGGUGCUCAGGUGGCUGCCGCAAUAG